AGUAAAAGUUUGGCAUUUGAAUAGAAAUGGAGGUACAAAGGAGAAACUCAAUUUUCCUCACAGAUCUUGAGGAAUUUCCAACCAUUUGCAGUAAAGAUUUUUGUUUGAAAAUUGAUGUGAGAUAUUUAAGUGAAGAUAGUAAAAAUAAAGCUAAAAGAACACUCAAUGAAACUGACGAAAUCAAAGAAAGGGCUCUAAAAAAAUUAAGCGAACUAAUUCAGAAUGAGGAAAAUCUCUUUAUACCACACAAUAAUCAACAUUUCAUGAUUAAAUUCUUGAGGGCACGAAAAUUUGACGUGGAUGAGUCGUUCAAACUCAUUAAAGAAUACUUUAAAUUCAAAAUGGAUUUUCCUGAAUUUUUCCAGAACACUGUUCCAUCGGAAUGUACUAAUAUUUACGCCAUGAACGCUGGAAUGAUUUCACCAGUUAAAGAUCAAUAUGGACACACAGUUUUAAUGGGUCGUGCAGAAUUAUUUGAUCCUGAUUUAGCCACAAUAACGGAAUUUAUUGCCGCAUAUUGGGUAUUUGGUGAGGCACUUAUGAUGGAGCCAGAAAGUCAAGUUAAUGGAUUUAUUGGAGUUAUAGAUUGCAAAGGAUUUUCCUACAAACAUUUCAAGAAAAUCACUCUGAACUUGAUAAAACUCGGGAUUCGCUUAGCAAAAAGUGUGGUUCCAGCUAUUCCGAAGAGAUUGCAUGUUAUAAACCAAAACUUCUACGUGGCUACCCUGUACAAACUCGUGAAGCCUUUUCUUCCUCAAGAAUAUGUAGAAAUGAUAUACUUUCAUGGGGAAAAUCUCGAUGAACUCCAUGAAUUUGUACCAAAAGAAUGCCUUCUCGAAUGUUUUGGGGGUACUCUGGGUGAUCUCCAAAUAACUGAAGAACAAUACAGGAAUGUUAUGAAGAAAUUUGAUGCUGAAUAUAAAGCAUUAAAUGAACUUGGGUAUAAACAUGGAACUUAAAAACGAUACCUUACUCCCCAGACCACUCAGAACACAAGAAAAGUCAAAAGAAAUGACUAUUUUCGCAAUAUAGAGGAAAAUUUAUGACUUUCCUACUUUAUUUUUUACUGUUUAGGUCAUAUAAAUUAGUUAAAAUCAAUAUUUAAUAUUCUAGUCUAAAUUUAUGAUAAUUUCCGGAUUGGGUGAAUGUUGGAGAAUAUUUUGUAAGACUUGAAAACAAGGAAAAGAAAAAUCCCAUUGAAUUUGCAUACAAUGGGUUUGUAUCAUUUGUAUUUACAAAACUGUGCUAUAAAUAUACCAAAUUAUGCGUAUUAUUUACUAUGGAAA